GCGGGUGAGGGCUCGUCCUCCCUCCACCCUGAGCCCGAAUUUUCCGAGGCUCCAGGCAGUACUUGGCUAGCCUGCUGCCCGUGGGUCAGCAAACUCGGAGUCCCAGGAGAAGAUCUCUACGAAGGGAACUCGGAGGAUCAGGACAGCCACAGGCUUUUGCAGGGCAGGAACACAUACUGCUGAGCUCCCAACAGGAGCCUGGACUCCUCACUCCUGGAGAUGGCCGGAAACUGCUCGUGGGAGGCUCACUCCACCAACCAGAACAAGAUGUGUCCUGGUAUGAGCGAGGCUCAAGAGCUCUACAGCAGAGGCUUCCUGACCAUUGAGCAGAUUGCCACGCUCCCUCCACCGGCCGUCACAAACUACAUCUUCCUGCUGCUUUGCCUGUGUGGCCUGGUGGGAAACGGGCUGGUCCUCUGGUUUUUCGGCUUCUCCAUCAAGAGGACCCCCUUCUCCAUCUACUUCCUGCACCUGGCCAGCGCUGAUGGGAUGUACCUCUUCAGCAAGGCCGUGAUUGCUCUCCUGAACAUGGGGACCUUCCUGGGCUCCUUCCCCGACUAUGUUCGAAGAGUGUCCCGGAUCUUGGGGCUCUGCACCUUCUUCGCAGGUGUGAGCCUCCUGCCGGCCAUUAGCAUCGAACGCUGUGUGUCCGUCAUCUUUCCCACCUGGUACUGGCGUCGGAGGCCCAAGCGCCUGUCCGCUGGGGUCUGUGCCCUGCUCUGGAUGCUAUCCUUCCUGGUUACCAGUAUUCACAAUUACUUCUGUAUGUUCCUGGGCCACGAGGCCCCUGGCACAGCCUGCCGCAACAUGGACAUCGCCCUGGGCAUCUUGCUGUUCUUUCUCUUCUGCCCAUUCAUGGUACUUCCGUGCCUGGCGCUCAUCCUGCACGUAGAGUGCCGAGCACGGCGCCGCCAGCGCUCCGCCAAGCUCAAUCACGUGGUCCUGGCCAUUGUCUCUGUAUUUCUCGUAUCGUCCAUCUACUUGGGGAUCGACUGGUUCCUCUUCUGGGUCUUCCAGAUCCCGGCCCCCUUCCCCGAGUAUGUCACUGACUUGUGUAUCUGCAUCAACAGCAGUGCCAAACCCAUCGUCUACUUCCUGGCUGGGAGAGACAAGUCACAGCGCCUGUGGGAACCUCUCAGGGUGGUCUUCCAGAGGGCUCUCCGGGAUGGUGCGGAGCCGGGAGACGCUGCUAGCAGCACACCCAACACGGUCACCAUGGAGAUGCAGUGCCCCUCUGGGAACGCAUCCUGAGAGGCCAACAUCUGGGGCAAGGCUGCAGCAGAGAGCGGCCAGUAGCUUCCAGAGACACUCUGCCGGAGGGCAGGAGUAGGGCAGCUGCCCCUGUGCUGCCAGGGAGAAGACCUGCCUUAACACUCUUGUCAGGGGUGGCCAGGAGGCUGAGCAGCCACCUCUAGACAGACCCUGUGGCCUCUGCUCCCCAACCAUUCUGCUUCUGUAACUCAGUGUACCAAAGUUGCCCUCACCGGCAUGGUAGGGUCCCUCCUUGACAGAAGCUCAAGAGCGAAGGCAAAAAGGAGGUCACCUCCUCAAACGUGACUCAGUGAGCAUCACCCUCCCUGGGCCAGCAGCCUCAACCCCAUCCCCAGGGAGUUGUUCGGCCUCCCAAGGCUGCAUCAGAACAAACCCCAGAGAAAGGUGCUAUCUGGAAGAGGGUCCUGUGCACUGGCGUCACACCCUGCAAACAAAAGCCCCUGCCCCUUUGAUGAGUCACCUGGUGACUUUAAUGGGAUGGGAUCUGGUCUUGGCAAGCCAUGUGAGACAGAAAGGACCUUCUGUCACCCUGGGUAGCUGAUUGCUUUUCUGACCCCCCAGCCAGCUCCGGGCAGCUGACUGCACUCAGCAUCUUCAAGGCCACAGUAGUCCACUGCUAAGUCCUCAAUCUCCUGUACUCAUUUCAAAGUGGGCUCUGGUUCCAUCCUGGCCCCCUGGAGGCUGCCACCACGAUGUCACGCAUCAUCCACCACAGUGGCCUCUGUAGCCAAAGGAAGUUUUUAUAAAAGAUAAUAAAGUAUAUAUCAAUACACAUUUUUUUUUAACCUUGCAGUGAGGCAGG